AUGACCAGAGAGAGCGUUGGCUCGGGGACCUGCGGCACGGUUUGCGAGCUCUUUCUUUGGAACGCGCAGGUCUGGAGAAACAGAUUCAAGUAUAAAUUAGAUCCGGACGAUCGACCUCUUAGGUCGAUCAGUGGCGGCGUAGGCUUCAUCGAUCCCGACAACCCGCACUCCUCCUGGACCUUCGUGGACAUGCACUUGAAGGGUGUGCCGCAGCACGAGGCCAUCCACAAGUGCGGCUACUGCACCUACACCAGCGGCGACCGGACGCAUGUGAUCCGCCACGAGAGGAGGCACACGGGGGAGAAGCCCUUCGACUGCCUCAUCUGCGGCAAGUCCUUCACGACCAAGUGCUACCUCACCGUCCAUCAGCGUCUCCACACGGGGGAGCGGCCCUUUGUGUGCAAGCGGUGCGGGAGGGCGUUCUCGCAGACCGCCCACCUCAAAGCCCACGAAACGACCCACACGGACGAGAGGCUCUUCGGAUGCGACAUCUGUGGGAAGGACUUUACGCGCAAGUCAGCCCUGAGGAUCCACCAGCGCACCCACACCGGGGAGAAGCCGUACGAGUGCAGCAGGUGCGGGCGGAGGUUUACGGACUCGUCGGGUCUCAACGUGCACAAGAAGAAGCACGCCGGGGACUGCCCUUAGGCGCAUCUCCGCAGCCGCGCGAGAGGAUUCGGAAGUUGGAGCGUGUUGGGCGCGGGUCGGGCUUCAGGGACGACUCUGCCUGGUAGUUUUCCAGUUUGUAUGAAUUAAGGGUGUGAGUGCUUUAUGGAAACAAAGCAUAACUAUUAUUACAAACUUUUGGUUAUAGCUCUAUUACAUUGAGAAUUCAGAAGUGCCAUUGGCUGUAUUGCUGGGACUUGCUAGUGGCCCAUCCUGUCCUUUACCAUACUGUGCUUCGUUGCACCUCGUCUGUCGUUGAAUUCCUCUUUGCAAAGCAAUUUUCAUUUUUUUUUUUUUCAUUUUUGGGAUUUUGCUUAUUUAUGCUGACUUCUUCCAGCCCACAGCAAGCAAUGACUUGCAGAAUUGGGGUUGUGUACAACACUACUCUUUCAUUUCAUGCUUGUUUAAGUAUAAUAGCACAAAAAUACUACUUGAACACACGUCAUGCGCAGCCACUCUUAAAAAAAUCAAUAAAAAGAAGAAAAAAAAUUUGAAUGUACUAAUUGGGACAAAUUUUUGUUGUAUUAUUUGCAUGUGAAAAAGAAAUUUUCGUAAAAUAUUUAUUUUGUUAGACGUGAUUUAGGUGGAGGUCACGGCCCGAGACACGACCAUGAAAGCAGCAUUGUAGUGCUCCAUCAUGCAUGAGCCACAGUCAAUGCACAUCGGCAGGCAACUGUCGAUGUGCCUUGAAAAGUGACCAAAAAGAUUGAAAAAAUCAACAAAAUA